CUUCCCGCUAUGAAUAUUGGGCUUCAAAGAGGUACACUUCAACAAGAAAUAAUGGUAGGAGUUGGUAGCCAAUCACAUAACUUUGGUUGGACUAUGCAGAGCUGUGAUAUUCCUGGACCGAGUAGUGCUCCAGAUACAAGUGAAUUAGGUGGCGGGAGUAUAGUUCGAUAUCGCCCUACUCAAGUGGAGUCAUUUACAGAAAGAAAAGCACAAAAGGGGCGUAAGAAAGCUAUUGAAAUGGUAUUUGGUGAUUUUGAAACCUCUUUCAAGACAUUGCCCCGAUACAUGGCUGCCUUAAAAUAUUUCAAUCCGGGGACCGUUGUUGAGUGGGAGCACCAAUCAACUACAAUGCAAGGUGAACACAUCUUCAAGUUUCUUUUCUGGGCUUAUAAACCAAGCAUCGAUGGAUUCAAAAGUUGCAGGCCUGUCAUCUCAAUAGACGGUACUCAUCUGUACGGUAAGUAUGAGAUGAAACUGCUAAUUGCUGUUGGAAUUGAUGCGAACAAUAACAUUUUUCCACUUGCAUAUGCUAUUGUUGCACGUGAGAGCUUUGAGUCUUGGACGUGGUUCCUUAUGUUGUUGUGGAGACAUAUUGUUCGUGAGAGAAUAGAAAUUGGACUUAUUUCUGACCGUCAUCAGGGCAUCUUGCAAUGUGUCCAAACACAUGAUUAGUUACAACCACC